UUCUCGAAACCUUUGUACGACGCAUUUAUUGCCGACGAACCUGCAGUGAAGCGCGAGAUUCGUUCUAUCCGUAUUGGACCCAAGUGAAGGCGCUGAAUUUUUUCUACUAUUGUUAACUUUCUUUGAAAAUUAAAUUAAAAUUCGAAAGACAAUGGAAUCAGUGAAAAAAGCUAACCAAAGACUAAGAAACUACCCCAUUCUACUGGCAAAGUGUUCGGUGGCAGCUGCAGCGUACGCGACCUGUGUUACCACGGAUUUAAACGUGACGCACAAAUUGUGCGAUCAGGAGUUCAGACAAUUUCAGCAGUGCCUACAGAAAGCUGCCCGCGAGAUGAAAACUGUGCUGUAG